UUUUUUUUUUAUUAUUUGUUUAUUUAUUUUCGAUAUAAAAUUCAAUGUAAAUGCCACCACGAUCAACAACAAUUAUGAAUUGUACAAAACAACCAUUACUCAAACAACAUCAAGCAAUUAUAUUUAAAUCGAGAAAGUCAAAAACAAAGGCACAAAAGCAAUUAAAAUGUGUUUUAGUGGGUGAUGGAGCUGUGGGUAAAACGUCAUUAGCUGUUUCUUAUAGUAAUGAUACUUUUCCCAAAGAAUAUGUUCCGACAGCUUUUGACAAUUAUAGUGUAAUUGUUCAAGUUGAUGGACAACCAAUUAAUAUUCAACUCUGUGAUACAGCUGGUCAGAAUGAACUUGACCCAUUACGUGGUUUGUGUUAUCCUGACACAGACGUUUUCAUGUUAUGUUUUUCUGUAGUCCGACCAUCAAGCUUUCAAUCAGCAUGUACACGUUGGGCGAACGAAUUAACAGCAUUAGAUGUACCUAUUGUAUUAGUGGGAACACAAGCGGAUCUCAGAGAUCAUGCACCGACUGUGCAUGGUCUAAUACAAAGUGGACAAAGUCCAGUAUCACCAACAGAUGCAUUACGUUUAGCUGAACGUUUAGAAGCGCCUUAUAUUGAAACAUCAGCAUUAACAUGUGUUCAUUUAAAAGAUGCAUUCGAUCAAGCAAUACUCACUGCAUUACGUCGCAGACAAAUGUGUCAUCGAACACCUUUAUGGAGGAAAUUUUGUUGUAUUAAAUAAGUGCGUUGCAUACACGAUCAUAAAGAAGUUAAGAUAUUUUCGUUUAAACUUCACUGUUCUAUAACUAUGAUAUUAACAUUCAGCAACAACAAACAAAGGUGAUACAAAAAUGUACCAAAAAUCAUCAUUUUUUUCAUUAAUUACAUUUUCAU